CAUGGCGGAAGCCAGGAGUGAUGAGAUCAAUGAUCAGGUCAAUAGCUCACAAAAAAGAUCAUUGGUUGGCGAAAUUGAGAAUAAAAGCUCUAAGAAAGUGAAGCAUGAUGCAAUGAGUGAUUUCAAAUUGGUGAAAGUUCUUUCAGAGAAUGCUAGGAAUAAAACAAUAAUUUUGCAUUUGCAAGAUAAAAUUGAGCAUAAAGAUGCUGUGUCUAUUCUUGAAAAGACCCCAUUUUCUAAUACCAUGAUUGACAAGAUUCUUUCCAGUGAUGGUCAGAUGAAAGUGCAAUUUAACAAUGAUAUUUACUCUCAACUUCUUUGCAAGUUUCCAGAAGAAAUCAAUUUUGUGAAGAAUACACUGAUAUAUCCAGCUACUGAAAAACAUGUCAAAAAAUAUUCAGCUCAACAAUUUUACUUAGUGGCGGAAACACCAGAUGUUUAUAAAAAAGUCACUCUUCCAUUCAUUAAAGAACAAGCUGUUCAUUUACAGUGGGUGUAUAAUAUUUUGGAGAAGAAAGCAGAAUCAGAUCGGAUCAUAUAUGAAGAUUCACAUUCUGAACAUGGCUUUAUCGUUUUACCUGAUCUCAAGUGGGAACAAACACAAAUGAAAAGUCUUUAUGUUAUGGCAAUUUGUUAUAAACAUGGAAUAAAUACAUUACGGGAUUUGAAUUCUUCACAUUUACCACUUCUAAAGAAUAUUCUUCAACAAGGAUCAGAGGCAAUCCUGAAGACUUACAAUGUUUACCCAUCACAACUUCGUGUGUUCGUUCAUUACCAGCCAACUUACUAUCAUUUUCACGUGCAUUUCACGCAUGUAGAGUACGAGGCACCUGGUAGUGUUGCUGGAAGAGCUCAUCUCUUGCAAGAUAUCAUAGAUAACAUUGAAAAUAUUGACAGCAAUUAUUAUGCAAAGAGGACUUUACAUUUUCAAAUCAGUGGAAACAACAGCCUCUUUUCUUGUUUGAAAGCUGCAGGGGUUGUUAAUGAAAUAGAUGCUGAUAGCUAGACAGCCUUACAGUUGAUAUAUAUUUUAUACUGUUGAAUGUUAGUUAAAUAGGUUUCCCAUAGUGCACCUGCCUCUUACUGAACUGUAUACAGUGAUCGUACAGUAUAACGAAAGUUUGCUGCCAAUUGUUGGGAUUGAAAAAAAUGGUUUUAAUCAUCCCCUUUGAAUACUCCGUCUUUAUAUUGGAUAGAAAGUUGCUAUAACACACGCAGGACGAAUGAGAAUGGACUGUGGAGGAGUUAAGUCAAGUGAUGGUUGUACGCAGCUGAAUAAAAAUGUUUAAUCCAGUCUACUGUAGAUCAGUCUUAUGACAUCACAAUUUGAUUAAUUUUCUGCAUCGCGUCUAAAAGCGUGCGUCGUAUUUCACCAAAGAUUUUAAAAA